UGUCUAAUGCUGAGUUGCAUCAUCUUAUUGUAACUUUAACAAACGUCAAAAAUCUAUGUCAAACUCCAUACAAAAACACCGAUUAUCGUUAUAGUAACGGUUAAAGAUAGGUGGUUCAACUCGGCCUUUAAAAUAAUAACCGGUCCGUAAUCAUUCACCCUGUAUAUUUGUUAUUAAUAAAAGAACCGGUGACCAAACUCAGUUUAAAAGUGAACGCACAGCACGAUGUACGCGCGGGCUGUAGUGUUUUAUUUAACGUUCGUGCUAGUUUGCAGUAAUCGAUGUUACUGGAAUAAUAAGUGCUCGAACAAGCAUUUCGGCAGCAAAACUAUAUACGAUGAAGUGCGAGGCGAUAUCAGAGAUGCGCCCGAGUUGAAAGAUUGCGAGCCAGUCAGCGUGUGGGCCAUGAUCAGGCAUGGUACCCGGCACCCCAGUAGCAGCAACUUGCCCACGAUGCAACACGCCGCUGAGCUGAAGGAUGAUAUCGUGAGGAGAUACCUCGAAGGUCGAGGGGAGCUGUGCGCACAGGACAUCACAAACCUACAAGAGUGGUCCAUGCAUGAAAUCAUCGCCACCACACCCGGACACUUAACUUUUGAAGGCUACAAGGAACUUCGCGAUCUUGGAGUCAGGUUUCACGAUCAUUUCCUGCCACUUCUCCAAGAUCUGGAUCAGCAUCAUUUCAAACCGACGCUGGAGCAGAGAACAAUACAGAGCGCCAAAGCAUUCGUGGAAGGCUUGGCCCAAGGGUACCUGAAGUUUGAGAUAUCCAACGCCACGGAUAGGGAUGAGAUCUUGAGGCCAUAUUUUUACUGCACGAAACACAACGUGGAAGUCUACAAUGGCCCUCGCUCCAAAAAUGAACUGAGCAAGUACCAUGAAACUCCAGAGUUCCAAAAAGUCUUGGAAAACGUCCAAAAGCGUACGGGUUUGGAACGGCCGCUGUCUCCAACAAACGUCAGCGGUCUUUAUGACCUGUGCCGAUUCCUUCGAGCCUACAGCGCGCUGAGGACCUCUCCCUGGUGUGCUCUCUUCAGCGAUGAGGAGCUGCAGAUUCUGGAGUACUUGAACGAUAUACGACACUAUUACAGAAACGGUUACGGCUCACCCAUUAAUCAAAAGCUGGCUGGUCCAGCUCUGGGUGGGCUUUUAGAACAAUUUGAAUCCUCCGUCCAACACUCCACAAAGUCCUUCACCAGCUACUUCAGCCACGAUAGCAUGAUACAGAUGAUCUAUUCCGCCCUUGGCCUCUUCCGGGACUACCCGGAAAUAUCCGGGUUUGAAAGACUACCAGACCGAAAGUGGCGGACGAGUUAUAUGACUCCGUUUGCAGCUAACUUUGCUUCCGUACUGCAUAAGUGUACAAACGAAACUGGGGACAUCAACCAUCAAGUGCAAUUCUUCAUCAAUGAGAAGGAGUUCCACCUCUGUCAGCCCAGGACCUGCAGCUGGACGGAGUUCAAGGACAAAUUCGAACAAUUCAGGAACAGUGAUCUUGAAUUCUGCAAUAUUUAUAAUAGUAGCACCACGGCACUUAAAAGCAUCAUUGUUGGUCUGUGAGACUAGGAGGUAAUUAGUACAAUAUUCUCUUGGGUCGAAGAUGGUGGACCUUUUUAGCCGCUUUUGCAAUUUUGUGUUGGACAAGCGUUUGGUGCCAACAUCACCAAUGUUUGGGGCCAGCCUCAAGAUCUUGACCCGCCCUGCCAUAUUCACAAUUUGGCAUAGCAUAAGUAUGCCUGUUACUUAAAUCAACCACUCGGGUUAAGAUAGUAGAAUAAAAUAGUCUAAUAUCGUUAAGCU